GAGCCGAGUUGAACCGGAGCCUCGUGCCUGAACGGGAGAGAGAGCUCACAUCAUUCAGUGGCGCAUGCUUCAUGGAGUUAUGUACCUCGCGCUGCCUUGCCCUCUGAACUGCCUACCGUCAUGGAUUGCGAACCGCGCGCGAAAACAUUACUACUUUUCAUUUUACUGUUUAUCUUGUCGUUUAUUAGACCAGCACAUCUCAUCAUCCACCCGUCCAAUGAAGUGAACCUGUUGGACUCCAAAGCCAGCCAGGGGGAGCUGGGAUGGAUAUCCUAUCCGUCACAUGGGUGGGAGGAGAUCAGCGGUGUGGACGAGCACUACACGCCCAUCAGAACCUUCCAGGUGUGUAAUGUGAUGGAGUACAGUCAGAACAACUGGCUUCGGACAAACUGGAUCCCUCGGCGGUCGGCACAGAAGAUCUACGUGGAGCUCAAGUUCACGCUGAGGGACUGUAACUCCAUCCCCUUGGUCCUGGGGACCUGCAAGGAGACCUUCAACCUCCUGUACCUGGAGACGGACGAGGACCAGGGCAGCCGCUUCCGAGAGCAUCAGUUCUCCAAGAUCGACACCAUCGCCGCGGACGAGAGCUUCACGCAGAUGGACCUGGGAGACCGCAUCCUGAAGCUGAACACGGAGGUCCGGGAGGUGGGGCCGGUUUCCCAGAAGGGUUUCUACCUGGCGUUCCAGGACGUCGGGGCGUGCGUGGCGCUGGUGUCUGUUAGGGUGUACUUUAAGAAGUGCCCAUUUAUAGUGAGGAACUUGGCCUCAUUCCCUGACACCGUGCCCAUGGACUCCCAGUCAUUGGUGGAGGUGAAGGGCUCAUGCGUCAAUCACUCCAAGGAGGAGGAGCCGCCGCGUAUGUACUGUAGUACAGAGGGGGAGUGGCUUGUGCCCAUAGGGAAGUGCCUGUGUAACGUGGGCUAUGAGGAGAGAGGGAGCUCUUGUCAAGCAUGCCAGGCGGGGUUCUACAAGUCCCUUCUGGAUAAGGCCCAGUGUUCCAAGUGUCCACCUCACAGCUUCACCAACCACGAGGGAGCGCUUCACUGUGGCUGCGAGAAUAACUACUUCCGCGCUGAAGGAGACCUGCCAUCUAUGGCCUGCACACGUCCUCCCUCCGCACCCCGGAAUGUCAUCUCGGUCAUCAACGAGACCUCCGUGAUCCUGGACUGGUCUUGGCCAGAGGACACAGGGGGACGCAAAGACGUCACCUUCACGGUUCUGUGCAAGCGCUGCCGGCCGGGCCAGAGGGUGUGCGAAGCGUGUCGCAGCAAUGUGCGCUUCCUCCCACGGGCUGUAGGCCUGCAGAACACCACGGUCGCCGUGGGAGACCUGCUAGCUCACACCAACUACACGUUUGAGAUCGAGGCUCAGAACGGGGUGUCCCAGUUGGCUCCUAGCAUGAGGCAGUAUACGGCUGUGACCAUCACUACCAACCAAGCAGCCCCCUCUCCAGUGACUGUAAUCCGGAAGGAUCGUACGUCUCGUAACAGCAUCUCUCUGUCCUGGCUGGAACCAGAGAGACCCAAUGGCAUCAUUUUGGACUACGAGGUCAAAUACUACGAAAAGCAGGAGCAGGAGACCAGCUACACCAUCCUGCGCUCUAAGGGUUGUAACGUGACCCUGAACGGUCUGAAAGCAGACACGUCCUACCUGCUCCAGAUCAGAGCCAGGACGGCUGCAGGCUACGGAGCCAGCAGCAAAAGCUUUGAGUUUGAGACGAGCCCUGAUGCUUUCUCUAUCUCCAGUGAGAGUAGUCAAGUGGUGUUGAUAGCUAUCUCCUCUGCUGUGGCCAUUAUCCUGCUCACCGUCCUCCUCUACGUGGUGAUUAGCAGGUUCUGUGGCUGCCACAAGUCUAAACACCCAGACGAGAAGAGACUGCCCUUUGGGAACGGCCACUUGCGCCUGCCAGGGAUAAGGACCUACGUAGACCCUCACACCUAUGAAGACCCCAGUCAGGCUGUGCAUGAGUUCGCCAAGGAGCUGGACGCUUCCUGUAUUGCCAUUGAUAAGGUGGUGGGAGCAGGUGAGUUUGGGGAGGUGUGCAGCGGCCGUCUUCGUCUGCCCAGUAAGAAGGAAAUCUGUGUGGCCAUCAAGACGCUAAAGGCAGGAUACAGUGACAAACAGAGGCGGGACUUCCUCUCUGAAGCCUCUAUCAUGGGACAGUUUGACCAUCCAAACAUCAUUAGGCUGGAGGGAGUGGUCACCAGGAGUAAACCUGUGAUGAUUGUAACUGAAUACAUGGAGAAUGGAUCCUUGGACAGCUUUCUGAGAAAACACGACGCCCAGUUCACUGGUAUCCAGCUGGUGGGCAUGCUGCGUGGCAUCGCGUCGGGCAUGAAGUACCUGUCUGACAUGGGCUACGUCCACAGAGACCUGGCCGCUCGCAACAUCCUGGUCAACAGCAACCUGGUGUGUAAGGUGUCUGACUUCGGCCUGUCCAGAGUCCUGGAGGACGACCCCGAGGCUGCCUACACCACCAGGGGGGGUAAGAUACCCAUCAGGUGGACAGCCCCCGAGGCCAUCGCCUACAGGAAGUUCACUUCGGCCAGCGAUGCCUGGAGCUACGGCAUUGUGCUCUGGGAAGUGAUGUCAUACGGGGAGCGGCCUUAUUGGGAGAUGUCCAAUCAGGACGUCAUCAAAGCGGUUGAUGAAGGCUACAGACUGCCUCCCCCUAUGGACAGCCCGGCUGCCUUGUACCAGUUGAUGUUGGACUGCUGGCAGAAGGAGAGGAACAACAGACCCAAGUUUGAACAGAUAGUCAGCAUUCUGGAUAAACUUAUACGCAAUCCUGGAAGCCUGAAGAUCACAGCCAACACUACAUCCAGGCCGGCCAACCUGCUCCUGGACAGGAGUAGCUCUGAGGUGGUUUCCUCGUUGGGCACCAUGGGGGACUGGCUGGACGGCGUCAGGACUCUGCCCUGUAAAGAGGCCUUCUCUGGGGUCAGCUACAGCUCCUGCGACACCCUGCCCAAGACCUCUGCAGAGGACCUAAAGAAGGUUGGUGUGACUAUUGUCGGCCCCCAGAAGAACAUUGUGAGCAGCAUCAAAGCAAUAGAGAGCUACAGUAAGAACGGCCCUGUCCCAGUCUAACCUGACCAAGCCAUUAGAGACCCACAGGCAGACUGGCUGACUGGCUGACUGGCUGCCCUCUGGGCCCCGUUCCCGACUGAAUGAAGCCCCGCUGGGCCCCGUUCCAUUCUGAAUUAUAGCAUCUCCCCUUCAGUUCCUCCCUUCACUCCACUGAGACCUUUGCGAACGCUUCAAUGACGUCGGUUCCACGAGGGAGCCCUCCUGUGGCGUGGGGUAGUGGUGAGGAGGGAAUGAGGGGGAGGAGGGGCUCGGCACUCUGGAUUAGAACAGCUCUCUGAUCUCUCUAGCGUACAGAAAGUCCCAAACUAAAGGAGGAACCGAAAAGAAGAGCUGCUGAGGAGGGCGACCACGCUGGAGAGACAGAUGAUGGUCACCACGAUGUCCGAGCCACCCUCUGAACCCAGGGCAACCAGUCACAUGACAGACCCAACCCUGGACACUCCACACCAACGCUGCAAUGGCCUUACUGAGAGCACAGGAGAUAAGGGGCAGACAAUCUGGCCUUGGAACCUGUGGGCACGGAGCGGGUUCCGGACAACCCGGGACGGCAGGGCCCGGUGGGCAACCUCGAGAGGAAAGGGGCUCGCUCCAAACUGACCCAAUCUGAUCCUGUGGAUUUGACUGACAGACCUUAAUCUCUGGUCGAGGAGGGCGUUUUAUGCCUUCAGCAGGAUAACCCGGAUGGCAGCAACACACUCACAUCCACCUGGGGCCGGAAGAGCCCCCCCCCACUACCCCCCACCCCACCCACCCAGAGACCUCUGAGACGCUGGACUCCGCCCACUGAAGUUUCCGCUCUGUCUCCCAGAGGACUGAUGCCCCUCUGUGUCUGUGAGUGUGUCUGUGAGCGUGCACCUGUGUUCCUGCAUGUGAGUACGAAGGCGUACUCAAGAGAACGGGAGCUUGAGGGAGAAGCCGGCGAUUGGAUAGGCACCCAGACUAGAAGAAGCCAUGUAUCCACACACGUGUCCACAUAAAGUAGAUGUCAAACAUAAAGCAAUAAUCAUAACCGCCAGUUAUUACUCUAAUCAACCAGAAGCCAGGUGUCUCAUACACACACACACACACACACAGCUCGCUGUGCACAGGACAUCAGAACACAUCCUGAGCCAACUGUUUACCACACAUCAGCUCGUUCAUAGGGCAGCUGAUUCGUCACUCCAAGCUUCCUGCCCCCAGUGUCAUUUCUCAGGAUGAGGGUUAUUCAUUCAAACUGAAGCAGAGUGGAGAGAGAAGGAGAGGGGAAGAGAGAGAAACGAAUGUGGAGAGAUAGAGAGUUAUCGAGAGUAUGUGUGUGUGUGUGUGUGAUAACACCUCUGUCCGCGCCCUGCCCCCCCUAUAGCCCUUAGCUGCUGUUGCUUGUUCUAUUAGCAUGUACAUAUGUAAAACAACCGUGUAACCAUAGUUACUGUAUUAGCGGUACAGUACCCUUUCAUGGCCAUCCCUUUGUACAAAUGUUUCUAUGUAUAAAAGAAUGACAAAAAAAAAA